AUAUCGUAGUAAACGUUUGACGUGUUGGGGUUGGUGGUUAGGAGAGAGAGAGUAUUUAACGUUAGUGAGAUCAAGUUUUCUGGUUCUCUCAUCAGUGGUAUUGAAUACGCUGAUAAUCAAUCUUUGAUUCUAAACAUGUUGGCUAGAAAGAUUUCAAAUUUAUCGGGUGUUUUUUCUUCAAACUCAUACUCACAUGCGCUCGCAGAAAAAGAAAGAUCGGUCCGUCAAGAACCGCUUGAGAAGGCUUAUAGAAUUGGCACACUGCUUGGGAAAGGUGGAUUUGGCACAGUUUACGCCGGAACACGGCUAAGAGAUAAUGCGCAUGUUGCGAUUAAGCGUAUACCAAAAGAAAAAGUGUCGGAUUGGGGACAGAUUAAUGGACACCGUGUGCCUAUUGAAAUCUGUCUGUUACGAAAAGUGAAUAAUCUGAACGGAGUUAUUAGACUGCUGGACUGGUACGAACGGUAUGAUUCCUUCUACAUAAUUAUGGAAAGGGCCGAGAGCGUGCAGGAUUUGUUUGACUUCAUCACAGAGCGUGGUGUUCUCGACGAAAAAUUAUCCCGCUUGUUUUUUCGGCAGGUAGUCGAAACUGUGGUAGCAUGCCAUGAUGCAAGUGUUAUUCACCGGGAUAUCAAAGAUGAAAAUAUUCUAGUUGACCUUAAGUCAUUCUCUUUAAAGUUGAUAGACUUUGGAUCUGGAGCGUAUCUAAAGGAAACUGCUUAUACCGACUUUGACGGUACCCGUGUCUACAGUCCACCAGAGUGGAUUCGUAGUAAUCGUUACUAUGGAUCUAGCGCAACAGUCUGGUCAUUAGGGAUCUUGUUGUACGAUAUGGUUUGUGGGGAUAUACCCUUUCAACAUGAUGAACAGAUUCUCAGGGCAGAAAUCUCCUUCCGGAGAAGAUUAUCACAAGAAUGUCAAAACCUUAUCAGGAAAUGUUUGUCACUCCAUCCUUCUGAUCGGCCAUCUUUAGAAGAAAUCCUAGCACAUCCCUGGAUGUCGGCGAAGCUAGAAAGUACCACAUCAUCUCAAAUUCCAGUCAGGCGAAACUCUGUUGACCAACACUCUCUUGACCAGGCGUCCACUAGCAGCGACGAUAGUAUUUGAUGAUUGGUCAUUUUGUAGCAUCUGAAAAAAAGUACUUUGUUCCUAACGGCACGACUAUGUUGGGUCGUGUAAGAAAGAUGUCCAUUAUAAUCAGUCAUCUGUACUGUGCGAGAACAUCGUGACAUUUCUUCUUUCACUGGAUUAUUUAUUCUGCUGCCGUGUUUGAUUUAUUUUAAAGUCAAAGGAAGAGAUUUUUUUUAAUGGCCUUCCAGUCUUCAAAACUUUGCAUUCCUGAUAGCAAACAAGUUUGUUAGAACAAUAAGCAAUCAAUGCAAUGUAAAUACUUCAUACAGAGAAGCAUGUUUUAUUGUUUUCUUUUCUAAGCACGGGCCCAAAUUUUCCUUCCUCUCAAUAUCAGCUUAUAAAGAAUUCAAAUUCUACGUUUAUUUUUCUGUAUUUAAUGAUUUGAGUGUAGUGUUCAGUGACGUACGGUGACGAAUGAGCUGUAAAUUCUUCAGCAAAGUGUGUAUUAUUUAUUCUCUUCA